CGGAGGAGAGGGACCAUGACAUGCUGACGAUUAUUCCAUGAUUGCAAGUGGAUGGUGCUUCAUUAAAAGUAUAACCUGCGGUGUGUCAUUAACACUUGUUGCGAAAUGUCUCUCACUGUUUUUUUGGGUCUCCUACUGGCUGCAAGUGGAUUUCCGUUUGUCCGGAGCUCCUGUCCUUCUCAAUGCAGCUGCUUUUAUCAUAACCUGAGUGAUGGAUCAAGAGCCAGGAGCGUGAUUUGCAAUGACCCGGAGAUUUCCCUGGUGCCCGCCAUGUUCCCAGAUGACACCUCCAAACUUCGAAUUGAAAAGACUGCCAUUAAGAGGAUACCGAGCGAGGCUUUUAGCUACCUCUCCAAUUUAGCAUUCCUUUGGAUGUCUUUUAACGUUUUAUCCUCACUCAACUCUGACAGUUUCCGUGGCUUGUACAAUUUAGAGGAACUAAGGCUAGAUGGAAACAUGCUCACUUCGUUUCCAUGGGAAUCGCUCAUGGACAUGCCUAGUCUAAGACUUCUUGAUAUACACAAUAACCAGCUCUCCUCAGUUCCCUCUGAGGCAGCUCUCUGUAUGAAAAAUUUAACCUACCUGGAUCUGUCCAGCAAUAAUUUGCUUACUGUGCCAUCUGACGUUCUUAGUACUUGGUUGACAGUUAAACCCAUCCAGGGAGCAGAAAGUUCAAAAAUGAUUGUUGGCCUCCAUGACAACCCUUGGUUAUGCGAUUGUCGAUUAUAUGACCUGGUCCAGUUCCAAAAGUCUCCCAGUCUGUCAGUGGCCUUCAUUGACACAAGGCUCAGAUGUGCUGAUCCAGAGAGCCUGUCUGGAGUUCUGUUUAGUGAUGCUGAGCUAAGACGCUGCCAGGGACCUCGGGUCCACACUGCUGUAGCCCGUGUGAGGAGUGCGGUAGGCAACAAUGUCCUGCUGCGCUGCGGAACCAUUGGGGUCCCCAUUCCAGAGCUGGCCUGGAGAAGGGCAGAUGGGAAGCCAUUGAAUGGGACAGUUAAACAGGAGAAUUCAAAAGAGGGAAUAGUGUGGUCUAUUCUAAGUGUGCCUGCAGUAUCCUAUCGUGACACAGGAAAAUACAUCUGCAAAGCCACAAAUUACGCAGGAAGUGCAGAGGCUGUCAUUUCUUUGAUCAUCAGUGAUUCGCCCAAAGUUGAGAAUCCGACUGUGAAUCCAAAAGCCAAAGUUAAGACCAAGAAAUCAAACCCUAUCGUCAAGGCAGCCUACAAAGAAAAGCUUGUUGCUACAUAUAUUUCCCCAACACCCAACACUGUGCUACCGCCUGGUGGCACUGUGAGUUACACAGGCCCAUAUCCAGGCAUGGAGAGUGACAAUGUUGCUAACAGUAGGUCAAAUACACAAACAACCAGUCCUGAUGGAUUCCUGGAGACCAAUCUGAGCAACCUCGCUGCCAACACGUCUUCACUUCAGCAAGAUCCCGACAGGGUUGUCCGCUCUGUGAAAGUGAUCGGCGAUACAGACUACACGGUGUGUCUUAACUGGAGAGCCCCAACUGCAAAGAACACUACUGCAUUCAGUGUCCUCUAUGCUGUUUUCGGGGAGAGGGAUAUGCGCAGAAUUAAUGUCAGUCCUGGCAACAACAGAAUCGUCAUUGAGGGGCUGGUUCCAAAAACCAAAUACAUUGCCUGUGUGUGUGUCAAGGGCUUGAUCCCCAAAAAGGAGCAGUGUGUAAUCUUCUCAACAGAUGCAGCAGCGAGUGCUAAUGGAACCCAAAAGCUCAUUAAUGUAGUAGUAAUCACGGUGGCCUGUGUGAUAGCUGUGCCCCUCACUGUGAUUGUGUGCUGUGGUGCACUUAAGAGGAAAAUUCAGAAGUUUCUGGGCAAGAAGUCCAAAGACAUUCAAGACUCAUACGUGACAUUUGAGACUCUGUCCCCCAACACAAAGGCCAAAGGCUUGGAGGGGGAAUACCUCACCAGACUGAAUGCAGAGGAGUCCAACAGACUGCUGUCAGCCAGGUCCAGCCUAGACUCAGAGUCAACAGCCAAGAUUGAGGGACAGCCAAACGAAUACUUCUGCUGACAAUAUCCCUCAGCCACAAUUCCACCACGCAGCCUGAGUAUCCAGGCUCAGCCACAGUACCUGAGUGUACAUAAUCUGUACCAGCAGUAUGUGACUGGCCAUCCAUAAAGCAACUUGAGGAUACUUUGCAUAAGUAAUAAACUUCCUUAGCAAUAUUGCUCUUUGUUACCUUGCUAUUGGACUUGUUUUUUUUUAAACUAAGCCAUUUGGUUGGUGGUGGGGUUGUGGCUGAGCAAUCCCAGGAACACAUGAACUUUGACCCCUUCAGAUACUGCUAGAAGGAACAGAUUCAAAGGGAAAUGUUCAUAUCAAUCACUUUAUAUUUGUGUAUAUGAAUCAAAUGUACAAAUAUGUAAUAAUACUACUGUAAUAGCAUAACUGUUAUGGACCUCUUUGAUUUUACAAGUUAAUUAAUGAUUGAUUUCCACAUAGUUGUUCAUCUUACAAAUACUCUUGCAGUACAAUUUUGAGAAUAAUCCAUCUAGACAAACACUAAAAUAAAAAUUAAGAAAUAUUAUGAAAAUCCAUUGGGAUUUCCAUAUGCCGCAACAUUGUAAUCAUUAUGUACAGUAGCCUAUAUGGCAUUAUUUCUGUUGAGUGAUGGAUCAAGAGCCAGGUACAGGUUUAUGUUACAAAUUUGAGUGUACUGUAAUUUUAUUUAAAGCACUACACUUUUCCACUUCUGAAAAGAGAUGCACGGUUGAUUUUCGAUUUUGAGCAUUCCACCUCACCCAUUUAUAGAAUGUGUGAAACUUGUGCCACCUUAACCAUUAAACGCUUUUUAAUAUGUACCAUAAAAAGCUUUCGUAAUAGUCACCCAU